CGGUCGUCGCGCUCGCGUGACGGAGAAAACGAAGUUUCGCGCGAAGGAAAGAGGCGGCCUGUGUCCUCUCUCUCGCCUCCCCCCCGGCCGAGUGAGUGAGUGAGUGAGAAAGCGAAGUGGCGCGGCAUGGAAUUGCACACGCCGAAGCGGGAGUCGCGCCCGUCGAUGGAGGUGUUGGAACGUAGCCCGGCAGCGUGCGACACGUUCUACCCGUGGAACUGGAGUGAGGAGGCGCGCAACGUGAAUCUCAGCCCCGGCAGCUCGUGCUCGUCGCCCGAGUACAGGGAGCACGGGAGCGCGGGCACGGGUGCCGGCGUUCUUCUCGGGUCGAGAAGCGGCGCCGAGAGCCAUCGUCGCGGUCGGCCGCGCGCCGACGCUCUCACGAAUCUCAUGAUGCAGGGCAGCACGUCGCCGAGCAACAUCAAGUGCAAAUACUGCAACCGGGUGUUCCCGCGCGAGAAGAGCCUGCAGGCGCACCUGCGCACCCACACCGGAGAACGUCCAUAUUUAUGCGAUUAUCCUGGAUGCACAAAGGCUUUUACUCAAUCGGGACAAUUGAAGACUCAUCAACGACUACAUACAGGAGAGAAACCCUUUUUAUGUACUGAGCCAGGCUGUGAAACAAGAUUCACUCAUGCUAAUAGACAUUGUCCCGAACAUCCUUAUGCCAAUCUAACAAGAUCGGAUGAUUUUGUAUUAAAACCAGUGUCUGAGAAUAUGGAGUUGCCCCAUGAUGUUACUCGAUGGUUGGAACGUUACAAAAUGUCAAGGGAACGGGAGGAAAGAACACCGACCGGGAAGAAUGAACGAAAGAAAAAGUCGUGGAAGAGCACCGCCGAGAAUCACAAGAGGAUAAAAUCUAGAAAAGGCCUAAUGAUGGAUAUAGCAGGCGAACAAGAAAAUCUCGAUCGUAAACCACCAAGUCAGCGGCUGUACUGCAGUGAGAGUCAGGAUAGUCAGGAUAGUCAAGAUAGUCAGGAUAGUCAGGAAGAGAGCCAAGAUGAGGAUCCGGCAGAAACUUGCUGCGCGAUAUUGCAAACGUCCGAAGACGAGGAAGCUUCGAACGCCAAGCUGGCAAAUACGCCAUUGAGAAGACCCUUAGACAGACUACAACCAAAGAAGCGAUGGCUGCGUAGCUUAGAGCAAGCACAGUUAGAUCUAAACGAAGAAAUUAGACCUAACAUUGCGACAUCUGUAUACAAAAUUGACGAGAAGCAGAGUCUGAGUGGAUCCACAGAAUCAUCCGAGUUACAUUGGUACACAUCAUUAAUCGACAAUUCCAUCGCGGACAAUAAUAUAUCCACGUCGAGUAUGAAGAACGAGUUAGUAAUUCCAAAUGCACAACUGGAGCCUUCUUAUGUUUCUUCUCAAAUAUGUUGGGACAUGAAUCGAAAUAACGAAUCUCCGAAAGUUGUAGAAAAACAUUUAUACAAGAUUGACGAUUCUCUAAACGAUUGGACUUGUUUAGAAUCACCCAGUACCUUGCCGACUAAUAAUCAGAGUAUUUUCAAAACUAGUAUUAACGAAUAUGUUGCAAAAACCCAAGAUUCUGAAUUGAUUCAUGUUGAUUACACGGAACAUAAUAUUCAGAGAGAGAUAGCGAAUCAAAAUAUGCCAGCCAACUUUCAUAUCAGUGAAAAUGAAACUAGACCAACGGUGCUGAUGUUGGCUGGUAGUUCAAGUGGUAGCAAAGUGGAUAUUGUUUCAAAACUACCUAUCGUAAAGGACAUUGACAGAACGAAUGCGAAAAUAAUCGGUAUUACGAUGGAGGACAAUGUAGCCAAGUCACCAAUACAGGAAGAGAAUAAGAAAUGGUUGGGCGCUCUGGCACUGAUGGAAUUGGCCAAGACGCAGGAAGAAGCGGAGAUUUUAAGUCUUAAGUACGACGUAAGCAACGAAUGUUCCACGGCUUUAGAAUUAUCAUCAUAG